UCCAUUAAUACACAUAUGGUGCAUGAAACACAACGGUAUAUACCGCCCACCCCACAGCACACCCCAUCCAACCAUCGUGAGAGGAUCGACCAACUAUUAGAUCAAUACGAAGCUCCCCACCCACUCCCCAAUAUACAUAACCCUCUAUCGCCACCUGUGGCUGUUAAUGAUGUUUCAUCUAUUUAUGAUUUUGAAUCCGUCAAGCUGGCUGUUGAACAGGAUAUCAAAGUUGUGACGAAAUUUGCGGCAACACAUGUUUCCAUGGCAACCAAACACCAGGGGAUGGACAAAGAAUAUCUGGCAACACUGAACAAGUUGUAUUAUUUAAAGGACACCAGCUUACUAAUGAACAUCGAAUGCCAAUCAUCAUUUAGCCCUGGUCACAAAUGUGCAGGUGCUGGGCAAAUCGAACUUGUGUUUCGUGAGAAAACAUUGAAUGAACAAGUUGCUGCAAAGAUCAAAGCAAACAGAAAGAAGCAAUCUAAGUCAGUGUCAGAUUUUGUAGCAGAAGAAUUUUGUUCCGAGUUAUGUUACGCUUCAUUGCACUUGGAAAGUGUGAUCAGGGCUCUGGAGAAUAACUUGAAAAACCCAACUUUUAAUCAGGACUUAAAAAGUUCCAUUGCAUCAUCUGGUUGCCAGUUAUUCUAUAUGUUGGCCCAGUUAUUCACAGAAGGCUGUAAAUCUUGCAACCCAGUGAAACAUCUACUGUCUAACUGUGUGGAGAUGCUGGGCCAGUCGUUUAUCGUUCGUUCCCCGAACGAAGCUCGUAACAUUCUCCAACAUCUCAUUCUCACUCCCUCCUCUUCUCCUCUCCUCUCUCCUCAUUUUGCUCCUGGUUGUGCAUCCAAGCGCGACAACUCCACCAAUCAGGUGCAAGAGUAUGUUGAUAUGUACAACACGGUUGUAAAGGUGGUGUCAACUACGACUUCGGAUAAUCCAGACGUCUUGUUUGUUUUAAUAACUAAGUUUGAGCUCACGUCUUGGUUGCAAGAAGUUCAGCCUCCCGUGAAAAGUCGUGAAGAUUUAAUGAAAUACGUCGUGAUUGGUCUCAUUGGAUGUAUCAUGAAGUCACGGAAGUAUCAUGAUAAUGAUACAUUGGAUUUACUAACGAAUGCGAUUACCCACAAGCCAUCACAUUCAGCCGUUCAUGAGAUUUAUUUAAACCAUCUGCGUUCGUUGGUCAAAUAUCGAUUCCCUGAGUUGCUGGUGGAUACUAUGAUGUUUCUGUUAGAAGCAUCUCGGACACACGAUGUCACCCCUGCAUGCUGGCAAAGUUUAAUCUCUGUCUCGUUUACUGACUCUCUAUCCCCUCCUGGUGGGGAGAAUGACGAGGCGCGCAAAUAUUCAAUGGAAAUAAAUUGGAACACCCUCGCUCAUUCUAUGGAAAUGUUAACCAAGUAUUUUGAAGAGUUUCGAACAGGGAAUAAAUAUGCAAGCAGGAAAGGCCUCCACGAACACUGGUCACCUUACACGGCAGAAUUAUCAAAAAUAUUCGAAUAUUUCUCGCGUACUUUACUCGUGUUUGAGCGACGUCAACAAAUACCCCUCCUGUUCACCGAGACGAAGCUCACUGAGGACCCCCGGUGGCUGCCAAUACAAAUGGUGUACAAUGUAUUUGAUCCAUGGUUGCGACCUAUAAGUGAUUUAGAUUCAGGCGACUCCCGGUGGCCGUGGAUGGAAAGUCAUCAUGAAUCAGCGUUAAUUAUUGUUGAGUCGUUUAAACGAAUAUUGCAAGAAUUCACGCAGGGAGACAACACAACAGUAUCGCAGCGUUUGUCAUUUAUAUGGAACCAAUAUGCAGUGAUGACCAUACAUACUAAUGGUGUUAUACCACAAUACAUUAUUAAUGCGCAUCAUUUUACACUGGCAACACUGCCAUGGGAGUUGUUUAUCCCUGAUAUUCAAUCUCUGGAUCAGAUGGUCCAGAUCUGCGAUAUGAACGCUGACUCACAGAUGGACUUUUUAUGCCGACUCGUCACGAAAAUCCCAUGGAAAGUAAUUGUUGAAAUGUGCCGAGUCAACGAGCCAAGCAUGACUCAGGAGGGAAAUAAUGCUGAGUCGUAUGACAUCACAUGGCUGCCGGUGACGGGGGAAAUAUUAUGCCGAUUCAUCCAUUUGCUAUUUGCACUUGGGUCCAGCACACAGAGAUUGGAGACGCACCCAGCGUUACUAGAGUUAUACACACAAGUUGAAACCUACCCAUGGUGGUUGAUAGAGUGCGACCAAGUUGAAUUUAUCGCCACCCUCGUUUCCGAUCGUUACGCUUGGCCGGCUGUGCUGCUUCACGCUCCAGCGAGUAAAUCAAUCAAGCAUGACCCAAGGACAAUGGCCAUGAGGUUACUAAAGGUCACAUGUAGGUUAAUGUUGGUUGGAGAGGAGAAAAGAUCAAGCUCACAGCAAACCUCGUCCUCCUACCCACCCCCUAUAAUAAACGAAGCAUCAAUAUGGAUGAAACGCCAAUCAUACAUCCGUUGUGUUGGGAGGAUCCUACAGAAGGUCAAACAUGAGGAUAUGGUGGGGAAGACGGCACAUGUGGUGGGACAGAUGGUUGGUCGGUUGACUGAACGGACAAUGGAAAGUAUUGAGAUGACUUCAACUGGGGACCCCGCCGACACCCCGCACCUAACCUCUCUCAUCUCAACUUUCUUCGACUUUCUAAACUUUCUCCCCACGACCUUUCAUGACCCCGUGAUGUCAUUAAUCACCAACGUACUUUCACGGAACAGUGUGUGCCCGGCUUGUGAGGACUCGCCGCCACGGUCCAAAUGUUGUUUCUGUCAGGAUUGUGUUUACCUUCAAUCUCGAUGUUUUUCUCCGGCAACACUGUUAUCGUGCAUCACUGCUGCUUGUAACAUUGUAACUUGUGCCGAUCACGCUACAAGAAUACUUGAGGCUUCCAUACAAAACUAUCUAAAUGCUUCAUGUGCGCGAUCACGUGACAAAGACGACGUCCAUUGUUGGUGGGAAAAUAUUAUCGGAGCUUUCAAUAAACCAGUGGCAAAUAUGAAAGAUUUCAUAAAAUCAAGUUUGCUUCACGGGAAUCUCCUCACACUCCAUGUGAAUUCCAUGAGUCAGCAUAUGAUUCAUGGUUUCUACGGCAACGAUGAUGUCAUCAAUGAUGAGUCAGCACAUCGGGAGAAACUUUGCGACUCAGCGAUCGCUGACUCAUAUCUUCUAUCGUCGUGGCAACCAAGUGAAGGUGAUGUGAGCAAGUUGUUUGUCAUAUGGGACCAUUAUCUAUAUGUGUGUGACAUCAUAAUGAAGAUGGUUGCUACACAAUCACAACCAGGGUUCACCGUACAUAGUGUGUAUGAUACUGUGGCAUCUAUUUUACCAACCCUGGAUAAGAUGGGUGUAGAUAAAGUAAAGACAGGAAUACUUGGGAGCAUUGGGAUAAGUAGGCAAUCACAGAUUCCCAUGGAAAUCCGAUUAAGCGCGAAAGCGUUAUCCAUGUACGUGAAGCAAUGGUUGGCGAGGUUGGAUACGACGACUGAGUCCCUGGAAGAGGCUGAGAAGGCCUUUCAAGCCCUGCAACAACUGCCAACCACCAACAAACAAUAUUCUCCAUACACCUCAACUAUUGAAGGUAUAUGCAUGAUGAUGUCAUCAGGGGAUUCCCCAUCUCACAGAACAUUUCUCUUCACGCUCAUAAAAAGGUUUUUUCCAAACAAAAGUCACUUAAAACAUAUUAUUUGAUUUCUAUGUUCUGUUAUAGUAUUUUAUGUUGCUUUAUGUUAUUUUUAUGUAGAUAGGGUACAGAAUUUUUUCCUUUCAUUUCUGUUAAUUUAUAUUAAGUAUUUAUGAUUACUAAUGUGUUAUAGAAAAGAUUGAAGUAAAUUAUUAAUUUUAUUUUAAUGUAGUUUUAAAUUUCAAUGUUCUUGUGCAAUAUGUGUCUAAUAAAUUUUGAAAAGUA